UCAUCGUCAACAUUGUGUUACCGUCUCUGAAUGACGGCAGCAAAUGAGUCCUUCCACAGCGCCCUUUUCACCGAAAAAGCACCUGCCAAAAAGUGCCAAGACCCACCAUCCGAUGUCUGUGCGCUCCAGUGGGUCAUCAAAACCCCAGCAGCUGCAACCCGCCAAACUUGGACCUGGCAACCGUCUGAACCCUGCCCGUCGCCAUCAACAAAGCGACAACCCACAAAACGACAACCCGGAUGAUCUGGAAGCAGCCUGGCAUCUACACUACAUAACGCACUACAUAACGCACCCGCAGUCUUUGAGCAUGGGCAGCUCCGGCUUAGAACAGAACUUAAAGGCACUCUAGCCAAAUAUGUCGCUCGUACCAUACCAUCCGCGCGAAGGUCGUGAGAUCGUGCUCCGACAUCAUAACGCCAUCGUCGUCCGCGAUCCGUCGUCGCAGCGUCUCGAGAUCAGGGGUCUUCAACUGCACGAAUGUCCAACCUGCCAUCAACCCCUCCGCCCGAAAUCCCCAGACCGACACUAUGAGAAUACCCAUCAUGGCGACAGCUACGUCGACCCCAACUAUUUCCGCAUGCUGCGCGCCGGCCACAGCACAGGCAAUGCGUCCUCCUCACAGUCACCGCCUAGUCCGAUCCGUCGACUGGUCGAGCCACUCCCCGCCGUAGUACACGACGAACAUGAAGCCGACGUCGAGUUCGUGAGCAGCUCGCCCGCCCCUCAAAGUGGCGGCCGCAUAAAACGAGAAGCCUUUAGCCCACAUUACUUCAACACCUUCUUUAUUGAAGAGAGGGAGCUUGGUAGGGGAGGCAAGGGCGUCGUGCUGUUGGUUCGGCACGAAAUAGACGGCUGCAACCUCGGCCACUUCGCCUGUAAGCGCGUCCCGGUCGGGGAUGACCACGCUUGGUUGGAAAAGGUCCUCGUCGAGGUUGAGCUGCUGGCCAACCUAGCCCAUCCCAAUUUGGUGUCAUAUCGCCACGUCUGGCUUGAAGACGUCCGGCUCACUCGUUUCGGCCCCAGCGUGGCAUGCGCUUUUAUCCUCCAGCAGUACUGUAACGGAGGCGAUUUACUGCAGUACAUUAUUGGCGAUAGGCCGAAGGAGGCAACCAAGGAGGAGCUCAAGGCCCAAAUGCGACGCAGAUCCAAAGGGCAGGCCGAGCGUCCCAAGGUCCAGAAGCGGCUGGCUCCGGAAGAGAUCUACUCGCUCUUCAAGGAUAUCACCGCAGGCCUGUCGUAUCUUCACGCAGCCAACUACAUCCAUCGAGACCUGAAGCCCAGCAACUGCCUCCUGCACCAGGAUGGCAGCCAGCUCAAGUGCUUGAUCAGCGAUUUCGGCGAAGUACAGCCAGAGAACGCCGUUCGGAAAUCGACGGGGUCCACAGGCACCAUCUCCUACUGCGCACCGGAAGUGCUGAAAAGGGACGCUAGCGGCAGAUACGGCAAUUUCACCACGAAGUCAGACGUUUUUUCCUUGGGCAUGAUCUUGUACUUCAUGUGUUUUGGGCGGCUUCCGUACGUCAACGCCAACAGCGUCCAAGAGGAGUUGGAGGACGUCGACCAGCUGCGCGCCGAGAUUUCCCAUUGGAAAGGGUUUCAGGAGGAGAGGAAAGCUCGGCCGGACUUGCCGUCGAAGCUCUACCAUCUGCUUACGAGGCUUCUCGCCGUCAACCCCGCGGACCGGCCGGCUGCCAGCGAAAUCAUGGGCGCCAUGGGAGGAGAGUAUAGCUUCGACAGUAUGAUGAGGGGUUCUAGAAACACCAGCCCACUGCUCGGCCUAAGCGGGCAAAGAGUCCAAAACCUGGACUCUCCCAUGCCGCCCAGUACCCCUGUUCCAGACCCCACCAAACACGCCCGCGUCAACAGCACCACCGACGAAGACCUCCCAAGCCCCUUCAGCCGCGCCGCGCCCGACGCCUCCACCACCCAACCGUCCACCAGCAGCCUCCUCGCACGACGACUCACCCCGCCCUCCACCACCGGCUCCCGCCACCCCGCCUCCCACACCCUGACCCUCUCUCGCAACAAUAACAACAGCAACACCAACCUCAGCAGCCACAACAGCCACAACAACAACAACCACAGCAACCACAACAACCACAACCCUAGCCGCCCCCACAGCCCUCGGCGGCGCACCCCAUCCCGCUCACCCCAGCGCACCCCCAACCUCCCCGCCACCUCGACCAUCAGCCCCGCCACCAUCACCACCCCGCUGCUCAUGGCCCCGCCCAUGACCCGCACCACGCGUGUCCGGCUGAACGCCGUCCUGGCCGUGUACCGCGCCGCCCGCUGGGUGCAGGCGCAUGCGAUGCUGUUGAGGUUGGUGAUUUUUGGGUUGAAGGUGUUGUCGCUGUCGUGGGUGUGCUGGCCUUAUAGCGCGCAGUGGGCUGUUAUGGGGGCGGUGGUGGUUUUGGGGGCGGGGGAUUUACAUAUGGGUGGGGGGGAGGUGGGGAGUGGUGGUGGUGGUGGGGGAGUGGGAGGGGAGCGGGAGGGGGUGAGGUCGAGGGCUGGGUCGGGGGGUGUGAAUGGGAUGGUGUCGGGAUCGGGGUUGGGGUUGCUUGGGCCGGAUGGUGGUGGUGGUGGAGAAGAGGGGGAGAUGGAACAUGAGGAGGGGAGAUGUGGAUGGCCGGGCGGGUGGUGGAGGAGUUUGGUGUUGUUGGUGGUGCAUUGUGUUGUGGUGGGGGCGGCGUCGAGGGCGGGGGUGAUGUGUGCUGGGGGGUGGGCUGGGAGGGGGUGGGAGGCGUGGUGA